AUCAUGGUUCUCGCUCUCAUCGCGAGCGGCUCCCGGCUAUUGGUGGAUGCGAACUCCUGGUGGUCCUUGGCCAUGAGUCCGAUCCAGAGGCCGGAGAUGUUCAUAAUUGGUGCGCAGCCGCUGUGCAGUCAGCUGACGGGUCUGUCGCCAGGGCAACGCAAGCUGUGCCAGCUGUACCAGGACCACAUGGGCAUCAUCGGCGAGGGCGCCAAGACGGGCAUCACGGAGUGCCAGUUUCAGUUCAGCACGCGGCGAUGGAACUGCACCACUGUCGACAACACCUCCGUGUUCGGCCGCGUGAUGCAGAUCGGGAGUCGAGAGACGGCGUUCACGUACGCGAUCAGUGCGGCGGGCGUGGUCAACGCGGUCAGUCGCGCGUGUCGUGAGGGCGAGCUGUCCACCUGUGGCUGCAGCCGUGCGGCGCGACCUUCUGACCUGCCGCGUGAUUGGCUGUGGGGCGGCUGCGGCGACAACGUCCACUACGGCUACCGCUUCGCCCGGGAGUUCGUGGAUGCACGCGAGCGGGAGAAGAACUACCCACGCGGAACCCUGGACCACGCUAGAACACUCAUGAACCUGCAGAACAACGAGGCUGGACGCCAGGCGGUGUAUAACCUGGCGAAUGUGGCGUGUAAGUGCCACGGCGUGUCGGGCUCGUGCAGUCUGAAGACGUGCUGGCUGCAGCUGGCGGAUUUCCGCCGCGUGGGCGACUUCCUGAAGGAGAAGUACGACAGCGCCACGGCGAUGAGGGUGGGUCGCCGCGGGCGACUGGAGCAGGUCAACCAGCGCUUCAACCCGCCCACGGCCGCCGACCUCGUCUACCUGGACGCCUCGCCCGACUACUGCACGCACAACGCCAGCACAGGUGCGCUGGGGACCGCCGGGCGACUCUGCAACAAGACGUCCGAGGGCACGGACGGCUGCGAGCUCAUGUGCUGCGGCCGCGGAUACGACCAGUUCAAGACCUACCGGCACGAGCGCUGCCACUGCAAGUUCCACUGGUGCUGCUACGUCAAGUGCAAACGAUGCACCUCCCUAGUGGACCAGUACAUCUGCAAGUAG